AUGUCCACUGUCUCUAAUGAUACUGGCCCUGAUGGUUCAGGACACCUUGACCCGCAAGUUCAUUGUGACAGUUCAGCUUCUAGACAGUCCCAGAAAUCGGCCAAAGAUCUAGGCCUGAAAUUGAGCCGCCUUCUUGGGGGCUUCGGUGUUCUGGGGAGGAGGGGGAAUUUCGGUGCUCUGGGGAGGAGGGGGGACGUCGCUGGAUUGAGCAGGGGGAGGGGCAUCUCCGCGCUUGCUAUUGUCGCUCUGGCCAUCCUUAGGGGGAGGAACAUCGGUCUUCUGGGGCGGGGGAGGGAUGUCAGUGCUCUGAGGAGGAGGGGGCACAUCUCUGGACUGAGCAGGAAGAGCAUCUUCGCGCUUGUUGUUGUCAUUCUGUCCAUCCUUAGGGGUAGGCACGUCUGUCUUCUGCGGAGGAGGAGAUACACCGGUGCUCUGUGGAGGAGGAGGAGGGACGUCGGUGCUCAGAGGAGGAGCAUCUCCUCGCUUGCUGUUGUCGUUCUGUCCAUCCUUAGGGGGAGGCAUAUCUGUCUUUUGCGGUGGGGGAGGGACACCGGUGCUCUGAGGAGGAGGCGGGACGUCGCUGGACUGAGGAGGGGGGGCAUCUUCACGCUUUUUGUUGUCAUUCUCCUGCUUCUGAGGAGGGGGGGAGGAGGAACUCCAGUUCCAGUGGGCGGCGGUAGCUGCUCAGAGACCUCAGUAGGACCUAAAGCACAUUGUUAG